AAAAUACCCUUGAUGAAUUUCUGUCAACAACCAAACAGGUCCUUUUGUUGUCUUCCCCUACACAUCCUUGAAGAUUCUUGAAAAAUAAAAAUUCUUCCCUUCUUUCAUCCUAAUUUCCAAAAACAACAGUCUUUCUACAGUCACCGCUUUUUCUUGAAAAUCCCACUAAACCCAUUUACCCCCACUUUGAAAAAAAUACAUUUUUUUUUCUGAAGAAAAGAUGUAUGAAUUUGGGGAAGAAUUGAUAAUUGAUAGCUUCAAGGUGCCAUGGUUGAUUUGGAUUCAGUUACUGGUGAUGAUUCUUCUUGUGCUCCUUCUUUUCUUUGGGUUUAGUGUUUUGGAUUUUCCAAAUAACUCCACUUCUGGUGCUUCUUCCCAAGGUCCUAUUGGUUCUUCUUCCCAUGGAAACCCGCCUUCUAAUUCAACUACAACUCUUCAGCAUCGGAACCAAAACCAACAUACUAAAAGGGAAACGGAAGCUAGCACAAGCCGUGAAAUCGCAAGGGCAGAUGAAUCUCAAGAAAGAGAAGGAUCUGCAGAAAAGGACACAACCGUUUUCAAGCUUCUUGUACGUCCGGAGCACCCUUGCAAUUACUUUGGACUAGCCAAACAAGCAUUUCUCAAGUGUUUGGGCUUUGAUUCCGAUCGCGACAAUUGUAACACCAGAAGACAUGCUAAAGAAGACUAAUAUGGGAAGAUGCUAUAUUAAUUUUAGGUUCUUGAGAUGCACAAAGAUUCAGGUCUUGGAAAGAGUUUGAUGCUGCUAGGUAUUUUAAAGUGUAUAGUGUAAGUCACAUGACUUUUGAAGUCCCCCCCCCCCCCUCCUUUUUUAUGACCUUGGUGUCUGGAUUAGCUUUUGGGCACCUCGAUUAAUUUCAUCGGAUAUUUGCCAUCUCUCACUAGCAACAUGUCACUCUGUCCACUAAAGAUAGGACAGUUGAAAAGAAUCAGCUAGUGUUUUUAUGCAAUUUAAUUCUAACCCUCAAUAUUGUUUCUUAACAUGAAGCAGCUCUUUCAUGCAAGCAAAUACUAACCCUUCGUUGUCUUCAAAACCAAUUGUCUAUCUACCAUGCAUGUAUAUAGCACUUUUAUAUUGAGCAUUAUGCCUUGCCAAUUGACAUUAUAUGAGCAUGCAGUAUCUAUUCUUGUAGUCACAUGUUUCAUAUGUGACUUGGAGGAUUUGAAUUUUAUGGUUUCAAUCUUUUAAGAUUUUUAAGCAUUGUAAUCAAUUAUGUUUUUAAAGUUAUGGAUUUAUAUCUAUUAUUUAUUGUAAUUUAAAAAACUUUUAUCCAUAAAUUUAUGUUUGGCAUCGAAAGUAAUAGGUUCAUCUAUUUGCGUGUAUAUAAUGGACUCGAUACAAAGGUUUAAGGUGUAAAUUGGCUAAUAUAAUAUACUCCUUUUUUA